AUGGGCGCUCCAGUCGCGGCACUGCUGCUGGUGCAGCUGCUGGUGCAACUGUUGGUGCCAGUGGAACUUGAGAUGCUGGAGCCAUGUGGCCACCAGAACAUCUACCCGCGCGUAGUGGGCGGAGAAGACUCGGUCCUCGGGCGCUGGCCCUGGCAGGUCAGCCUGCGCUUUCAUAAAGGCCACACCUGCGGAGGGAGCCUGCUCAACCCGCGCUGGGUGCUCUCCGCAGCACAUUGCUUUGUAAAGCACAGAGAUGCCUCAAAUUGGGCGGUCCAGUUUGGUGAGCAAUCUUCCAGGCCAUCUCUUUGGAACUUGCGGGCCUUCUACCAUCGUUACAAGGUGCAGGACAUUAUUAUGUACCCUGAUUUCAAGGGGUCUUCAUUCAACGACAUUGCCCUGCUGAGGCUGACUUCCUCUGUCACCUACAAUAAGUACAUCCAGCCCAUCUGUGUGAUGGCCUCCUCCUUUGAGUUCCGGAACCAGACUAAUUGCUGGGUGACUGGCUGGGGGCACAUCCGUGAGAAUAAUGGGCUGCCACCUCCCUACACCCUCCAGGAAGUACAGGUCUCCAUCAUAAACAACUCUAGGUGUAACUACCUGUUCCAACAGCCCAAUUUCUUCUAUAGAAUCGGGGAUGACAUGAUUUGUGCUGGCUCUGAGGAUGGCAGCCGUGACACCUGCAAAGCCCUGCUCAUCCAUUUCACUCCCCAGGGUGACUCAGGUGGACCCUUGGUCUGUGAAAAGAAUGGGCUGUGGAUUCAGAUUGGAAUCGUGAGCUGGGGAGUGGGCUGUGGCAGGCCCAACCGGCCCGGUGUCUACACCAACGUCAGUAGGUACUUCGGCUGGAUCCAGAGGCUCAUGGCCAACAGCACACCCAGGCCAGACCCAUUCCCACUGCUGCUGCUCCUCCCUCUGCUCCGGGCUGCCCCGCUGGUGCAGCUAGACUGCACACAGCUGAGCCUGUGA